AAGGCCCAAAGAUAUCGUCCCGCACACAGACGGAGUACUCUCACACAAAGAUGGGUGGCCCUCUUCCAGUUUUCUCAAUGAAAUCGCCAUCUUCUACCUUAAGCUUCACGAAGAUCAAAACCCUAAUCCGCACCCUCAUAUUUUCACACGUGUGCCGCAUCAUUCGAGCUCUAUCCAAAGCCAAAACCAUCCUCAUCGAGAUUGUUAAGGAAAUUAGCCAGCCCAACCAAUUCAAAUACCCCGCCAACAGGAUCAAGAACAAGAAGUUAUUCUUCGGGUCAUUUAGGCUGCACUAUAACUGGUGCUCUUCGCAUGUGGUUCCUGUACCAGCGCCUGUUUUCAACGGAAUUCCCGAUACCCAUUUGUACUAUGAUUCGACGUGGAAUUCCGUUCUUUCAACGGAGCAAGGUGAAGUCGACGGCGGGGAGGCACAGCUUUCCGGUUACCUCCAAUGGCUUGAAGAAAAGGUUCAAGAUGAUUCUACCGGUGACAAGGAUAUCAUUAACGACGUCGAUGAGCUAGCCGAGAUGUUCAUAGCAGACUGCCACGAGAAGUUUAGGCUGGAGAAGGCGGAAUCAUACAGGAGAUUCCAAGAAAUGAUGGCCAGAAGCAUGUGAUCAUCAUCCAUAACAUCAAUGCUAAAUAGUAGCAUCUGAUUCCAAGAGUCACGCUGGCUGGCUUAGCUAGAAGCAUGUCAGAUAUGGUGUGAUCUGUUGUUGUACUUUUUCUACUUUCCCAUUCUUUUAUGUUAAAUUUGUAGGGGUGGGAAAGUACAGUGCAUGAUUGGAGGGAUUCAGGUUUAAAGCUAGGUUUAAUUUCUUCUUUUCGUACGUCCUUUCUUUUACUUGGAUUUAUGUGUUUCGGGUCUGGAGAAUUGUACAUGAAUGAUGGGUGUUCUGGGAA